AUGUCAGGCACUGAUAACUUGUUAAAGUGCGCGCGGCACAUCUAUUUGAGCAAAUAUGGAUAUCUUCCACGUUCCGAUUUAGAAACUCGUGCAUUACGUACUGAUCAUGAAAUAUAUUCAGCUAUUAGGAGAUUACAACACUAUGCUGGUGUACCUGUGACGGGAAAAUUAGAUGAAACAACGGUUAAAUUAAUACGUCGACCAAGAUGUGGUUUACCAGAUUUUGAUAAUCGUCAUAUACAACGGCCUCAGUCGUUUGGUAAUCGAAAAAAACGUUAUGUUUUACAAGGUCAAAAAUGGGCCAAAACAUAUCUGACGUACAAAAUAACCAAUUAUACUCCGGAUAUGUCGCGUGAAUCUGUCGAUCGAGCCAUUUAUCAUGCAUUAUUAAUCUGGAGUUAUCCCAGUAUGCUAAGAUUUCGUGCAGCAACCGAACAUGAAGAACCUGAUAUUGAAUUUUUAUUUGCACAAGGUUAUCAUGAAGAUGGUUAUCGAUUUGAUGGAAAAGGUGCUGUUCUUGCACACGCAUUUUAUCCUGAUGAAUAUUUAGGUGGCGAUGUUCAUUACGAUGAAGAUGAAGAUUGGACUGCUUAUCGUGAAAAUGAAUAUGGACUAAUGGAUUUAUUUUCUGUGACCGUACAUGAAUUAGGUCACAGUUUGGGAUUGAUGCAUUCCAACAUUCCUGACGCAAUUAUGUUUCCAUAUUAUCGUGGAUAUUCACCCGAUAUCAAAUUACAUUCAGAUGACAUAGCUGGAAUAAGAACAUUAUAUGGAGAACCACCCCAAUUUGUUCCACCUCCAAUAGAAUCACAAACAGUUGUUACAUCUCCUAUGAAAGAUAUUGAACAGAUAACGACGUUAACUGAUACUAUAAGUACUGUGACAACCAUUGAUAGUUUAACCCCAGUUGUAUUAGUAAAUACAACUGCUCAAACUCCGAUAAUCCUCGAUUCACCUACUACGUUAACAACAGCAAGUACGACAACGACCGUUAAAAAUUCUAUUUUACGCGCACCAGAAUCCAAUCUAAAAGCUAAAAAUACAUUUACAUCCUCGCCUACUCAACGUACCACCACUAACUCGAUAAAUAGAGCUCAUACGCGAACAGAUCGACCAUCAAUUAAGUCUACUGCGCUAACGCCCGUUGUUACUAAUCGAACUAGCAUACCGACAACAAUGAUUAGUAAAGAAACGAAUAUAUAUAGGUACGUGAAUGAAUAUCCUUCUUCGAUCGAUAAAGAACAGUAUAUAACGCUCGAUAUAUGUGAUGGCUAUUACGAUGCCGUAACCAUGUAUCAUGGAAAUUUAUUCAUAUUUAAAGGACAGUAUCAUUGGCAAUUUGACAGUCGUGGUUUAAAUCCGUAUUCUCCAAUGUUAAACAAUGCAUUUUGGCUUGGUUUACCAGAGAAUUUGAAUCAUAUUGAUGCCGCUUUUGAACGUUCAGAUGGUUUACUCAUGUUAUUUUCAGCAAAUCAAUAUUGGUUAUUUGAAAAUAAUCUUGUUUACGAUUCGACUUAUCCUCGUAAUUUAAUCACAUUAGGUUUACCUCGACAUGUAAAACGUGUUGACGCUGCGUUCUAUUGGAAAUAUAAUUCACACGCCUAUUUAGUAUGGGAAAAUUUGUACUGGGCAUUUAAUGAACAAGAAAAUUUAGUACAGCGAAUCGAUUAUCCAAGAGACAUGAAAAUGUGGCAAGGAAUUGAUAUACCGUUGGAUGAUGCUUUCGUUGAUAUGACAGGUAAUGUGAAAAGAAGAUCACAUCCAUCUCCAUUUUGUUAUAACGAGCUGCUCAAAUAUGUAUGA